GUACGCCAGUCGUCUAAUAUUGGCCGCUUCCUGGCCACAAGCGGCGUCUAACCCUGAACGCCCACGCUGGCAUCGCCGCCGGGUCAGAGAGGCUUGGGCGCACAGAAUGUCGGGUACUGAUGCCGUUCACCGAUCAUCGAGCAUAUUUGCAGCGCCCUCUUGCCAUAACAUCGCCGGCUCAGAGUUCUGAUGCCGCGCGAGCCGUUCAACCUGACGGAGAGCUUGAAGACAUCCUGGAGAAGCAGCGCAACAGUACGGUAUGUGUUGCGACCGAGCUGCAGGAAAAGCUGGACGAGAGGGGGCCGGCGACGGCCAGCGAACUCUCGAAAGGGGCCCCGAUGGGCGAGCGGCCGCCGCCCUACGAGCAAAAGGCGGUCGAUCAGCCCCCGGAUUUCAGCAUGAUGUAUUACCACCUCGCUUUUGAGACCUACCCCGACGUUUACAAAGAGAAGUUCACACAUGCGGCAAUCGAGCCCACCAGCACGUUGCUUCCUUGUUCCUUUGGGGAGCCUCCCGAGAAGAUCACCUCCUUGUGAAUGACUCGCCGAAUCUGGCGGGAGCGUGUACAGUGUUAUCGCGGAUUCCUCUCGCUUCGCUUGUUGCACGUCUGGAACGCGCAAAGCCUGGGCGUUGCCUGGUUGCCCUGCUCAUAUGCCGUGCUGGUCUGCCGCGCCGUUCUGCCGUCUUGGAAGCAUCACGGUGUAUCAUGUCAGUUGCUUUGCACGGGCUUGCGUUAGCGGCGCCUCCCUCACAACGGCUAGUAAUACUUGUCGUGAUGCGCGCGUUCUUUGCCUUGCGGUCUGGUAGCCAGAUGGGGGUUGGCGGAAUGACAAAUGGCGACGGGCUGUGUCCCUGCCGUCAUCGAAUGAAUCGGGCUGGAGCCGUGGCGCUGAUCAACUCAUUCCUCGGUUUCGGCCCGAAGUCGACUGUUUGUGCUCGCGCAUGGCUUAUGCACAGAGCUUCUUGGCAAUGUGGCCAGACAGGGCCACGCCAGCCAGUUUCCCCGAGGCGGUUUCCACGAAGGGCGCAUGAGCCCUCAGCGGAUCAGCCUCGUUAACAUCUGGGAACUGCCAGGACACCUUCAGGCCGUCUUCGACAUCGUCGUUGGCCGUCUUUGGAGCGGCCACAAGUGCCCUCUCUCGAGCACAUGCUGCACACCGUCGUCUGCUUGUGCGUGAAUGCCCCCCCUCGUGUUGACAGCC